UCUCCCACUAAGAAUUGCACACGUAGCCAAAUGUAUAAUAUCAUCACCAGUUAACGAUAAACUGAUAAACUGCGCAGGAGAGAAAGGAGAGAGGAGAAACAUGGCGAGAUUCUGCUUGCAAUUGAACACCGGCGCCGGCAGAAAUCUCGCGGUGGCCUCCGCCGGAGGAACCGGUAAACGGAAAAGCAGCCCUAUCGAGAGAGUUGAGCUCCCGGAGAAAGUGAAGAAUUCGAGAGUUUUGGUACUAGGUGGCACCGGAAGAGUCGGUGGUUCUACCGCUCUUGCCCUGUCAAAGUUCUGCCCAGAUCUUCGCAUCGUCGUAGGUGGUCGGAACAGGGAUAAAGGUGAUGCAAUGGUGACACAAUUAGGCAACAACGCCGAAUUCGCUCAAGUCGACAUCAACGAUAGUAAAUCACUGGACAAAGCUUUAAAGGAAGUGGAUCUUGUUGUUAAUACUGCCGGUCCAUUUCAGCAGUCUGAGAAGUGCACUGUGCUCGAGUCUGCAAUUCAGAACAAGACGGCUUAUCUUGAUGUAUGCGAUGAUAUGAGCUACGCAUUUCGUGCAAAAUCAUACAUGAAAAGAGCGGUUGAAGCAAAUAUUCCAGCUAUAACAACCGGGGGAAUCUAUCCAGGAGUGAGCAACGUGAUGGCAGCUGAACUAGUUUCUGCAGCCAAAAGUGAAGGGAAAGGUGAACCGCAGAGGCUCAGGUUCUACUAUUACACUGCUGGCUCUGGUGGUGCUGGCCCCACAAUAUUAUCGACUAGUUUCUUACUUUUGGGGGAGGAGGUAGUUGCAUAUAAUAGAGGAGAGAAAAUCAAACUGAAACCUUAUAGUGGAAUGCUCAACAUCGAUUUCGGGCUAGGAAUCGGAAAGAAGGACGUUUUCCUCUUAAAUUUACCAGAAGUGAGAAGCAUCCACGAGAUUCUCGGAGUGCCAACUGUCAGUGCUCGGUUUGGAACGGCACCUUUCUUCUGGAAUUGGGGAAUGGUAGCCAUGACGUAUUUGCUUCCAGCUGAGACACUGAGGGACAGAAGUAAAGUUGAACAGUUAGUUCAACUGUUUGAUCCUUUAGUGAGGAAAGUUGAUGGAUUCGCUGGAGAGCGUGUGUCAAUGAGGGUCGAUUUGGAUUGUUCAGAUGGACGGUCAAGAAUCGGAAUAUUCAGCCACAAAAGACUAUCCGAAUCAGUGGGAAUAUCAACAGCUGCAUUUGUACUGGCCAUUCUUGAAGGAAGCACACAACCUGGGGUUUGGUUCCCAGAAGAGGCGGGAGGCAUUGCGAUCGAGGCGAGGGAAACUCUUCUCAAACGUGCUGCUCAAGGAACGAUUAAUUUCGCCAUGAAUAAGGCACCAUGGAUGGUUGAAACAAAUCCUAAAGAGUUGGGCUUCGGAAUCUACGUGUGAAAAAAAUAUAUUGUUAUAAAGCUGUUGAAAUGAAUUUUUCGUUCACUUUGGCUGCAAAGGUAAAUUCACUUGAGCUGAUUUAUUUGCUGUUUCGAUACGCCGAGUUAUAUUAAAACAACCAAUUCUGUUGUUGUGUAUUGAUUCUUGUAAGAUCUGAGCAUAUUUGUCUACGAAAGAAAAUAUAUUUUUUUUUCAUUCUUGUUAAAUCCUGAAAUUCGUCGUGCUGUGAAUACAUGGAAAUGCUUCGUUGUUUAUU